UUUAAUUUCUUCCUCAUAGAAGAUUUAUUUAUUUGCUAAAUAAAAUAAUAACUAAGUAAAUGUUGCCUAGUUCAAAAUAUACUUCAUAGGUAUAUGCAUUAUUUUCAGGUAUGGUUUCAAAAUCGAAGAGCGAAAUGGAGAAAAGCAGAGAGAUUGAAAGAAGAACAAAGGAAAAGAGACGGUCAAGAUAUUAUUAAAAGGGAUGGAGAAACUAAAGAGGAAAAGGUCGACGACGGUCAACCCACCAGUUCUCCUGAAGUGAAUCAGGAUGAGGACAUCGCGAGGGAAAGAGAAUGCUCGAGCCGGAGCAGCGCGGGCCGUGAAAGUCCAGAGCAGAUUAGAAGUGCCCCCGAUGCUGAUCCUUCUAGCCCCUCUUCGCCUCAUAGCCCCGCGCCGUCAGUUUCAUCAGAGCCUCCGAGACCUAUCCAGCCACCCCCAUUUAGUCAUAUGUUUCCCUUCGGCGAUAGCUCUACUGGCGGAUUCAGGCCACUCAUGGAAGGGAGUUCAGGUGCAAGGAACACCCCUCCUCUAUUUUUCUCGCCACAUUUAGCAUCGCAUAUUUCUUCACAGUUUUCACCACCAUUAUUUCCUACACUUAAAGGUUUCCCUGGACUGUGUUCCUGCUGCCCAAUCAAACCCAUGUCAAGUCUGGGCUCUUCCUUGCUGCCAUCUAGCGAAGCAUCUCAGAUCUCCCCCGGCAACGAUCAGAGAUCGUCGAGUGUGGCGGAACUAAGAAGGAAAGCUCAGGAACAUUCCGCUGCUCUCCUGCAGAGCUUACAGCACGUUGCGAACUUUCAGCAAGCCGCCAGUCUAGCAGGAGGGCUGAAUUUUCCCCUGCUGCCGCCUUUGACGCUGCAAGCUCUGCAAAGGAAACAUGAGGGGGCAGAAACGAACAUAACGUCUUCGAAGGAGUCAAAUGGAGCGUAA